AUGGUCGGAAGCAGCCCCAUGCAGGCGGUGCUGGUGGCGCCGGGGGUGAAGGACAAGCAGGUGCUCCCCUACAACUGGGACGCGCUCAAGGAGAAGCACGCCGUCGCCGGCCUCAUGCGCUCCAUCGCCGGCGGCUCCGGCGUGCGCGGCGCCUUCUACGUCCUCGACCUCGCCAGGGUCAUUGACCUGUACAUGCGCUGGCACCGCGCGCUCCCCGACGUGCGGCCGUACUACGCCGUCAAGUGCAACCCGGAGCCGGCGCUGCUCGGCGCGCUGGCGGCCCUCGGCGCCGGGUUCGACUGCGCCAGCCGCAGGGAGAUCGAGGCCGUGCUCGCGCUCGGGUUCGAGCCGGGGAGCAUCGUGUACGCCAACCCGUGCAAGCCCGAGGCGCAUAUCGAGUACGCGGCGCGGGUGGGCGUCAACCUCACCACGUACGACUCCGAGGAGGAGGUGGCCAAGGUGAAGCGCUGCCACCCGAACUGCGAGCUCGUCCUCCGCAUCAAGGGCCCCGACAACGGCGACGCCAAGGUCGACCUCGGCACCAAGUACGGCGCGCGCACCGACGAGGUGGUGCCGCUGCUCCGCGCCGCGCAGCGCGCGGGCCUCGGCGUGGCCGGCGUGUCCUUCCACAUCGGCAGCGGCGGGACACGCACGGACGUGUACCGCGGGGCCAUCGAGGCCGCGCGAGCGGCGUUCGACGCGGCGGCCGCCCUCGGCAUGCCGCCCAUGCGCGUGCUCGACGUCGGCGGCGGCUUCAUGGCAGGAGGCACCGCGUUCGAAGAGGCGGCGGCGGUCAUCCGCGACGCGUUGGCAGAGCACUUCGGCGACCUCCCGUGCGUGGAGGUCAUCGGCGAGCCGGGACGGUACUUCGCCGAGAAGGCCUUCACGCUGGCGGCGCGCGUCAUCGGGAAGCGCACGCGCGGCGAGGUGCGGGAGUACUGGAUCGACGACGGACUCUACGGCUCCCUCAACUGCGUCCUCAUGGACGACUACGUGCCGCGCCCGAGGCCGCUCGCCACCCCACGCGCCGGCGAGGAGGCGUACACGUCGACGGUGUUCGGGCCGACCUGCGACUCGCUCGACACGGUGGUCACCGGCUACCGGCUGCCGGAGAUGAGCGUGGGGGACUGGCUCGUGUUCGACGACAUGGGCGCCUACUCCAUCGGCUCCGGCUCCCAUUUCAACGGCUUCUCCAUGUCCGACCUUACCACAUUCUUGGCCUGCUCUAGCUAG